CGUCCUCGUCCAACCCUCCACCUCGCCAUCAUCGGCCCGGGAGGCGUGACAGUCUCAAUCCAGACGACGAAGGUACAAAUUUACGUGAAGAAAAUCAUGAAACACCUGUUUCCUCCAUACCCAAGGACUAUGCCACCACUGACGCCACAAUGGCACCGCCUUCUUCCUCCAGUCUGAACCUUGGCACUUCACCCCCAAUUCUGCGAAUCAAAUCGAGCGACAACACUCGACUUCCCCCUGGGGCAGAGGGCUACUGUCAGAGCACGACCACAUGUCGGCUGAGUCUCGGGUAUAUCCUAGGUCUCAGAGAGCCUCCGAUUUUCGGGCAUCCAGGUCCGGACGCCAAGAUAGCCCUGCUACCGAUGGUAGUCCGUCUCGUGAGGACAAUCACCGUUCACGCCCCCGAUUUAGAUGGAAGGCGAUGUCCAAUUUUUUUCGCGAGAUAGGCAAUGAGGUUCGAAGAGCGGGUGAAGAGUCAUCUGCCCGUUCUGUAUCUCAAAGUCAUCAUGUUCAAGGGGGCUCUCACAGCCCGAGAGACGACGUCAGCGAAUUAUGGGGGACAGGAAGUGGGGGAACGGACUCGCGGAGUCGGGACCGGGGGAGUACCUCAAGGGGAUCUCAACCCGGUCGGGCGGAUUCCGACGAACUCCAAACGAGAGGAAGGGACAUGACUAUCAAUCCUAUCAGAGAGGCUGCUGAGUUAAACAUUCAAUCUCAAUCGGACAGAAUGCGUCAGGAUGGAUACAGAGAAUUUAAGAAAGGAACGUACACAUACCCCAUUUCCUUCGCUAUACCCCCCGAUUCUUUGCCCUCUAUUACGUGCCCUUUUGGCAAUGUGAAGUAUACCAUCUCAGCGACCGUGCACCGCGUAGGAACUUUCUUGCCUAAGCUUACGGCCACCAAAGAAGUCAAUGUCGUUUCCUGCUUGAGUCCCGAAUCCAAUGAAGAUACGGGAUAUCUCCUCGAAGAGAGGCAGUGGGAAGAGCAGCUUUGUUACAUGAUUCGCCUCGAACAGACCCAUGUCACCAUCGGUGGUGUUUUACCAGUGAAGCUGACACUGUUUCCACUUGAUAAAGUGUCGAUCUAUCGCAUUGACGUUGUUUUGGGAGAAAAAAGUUGGCAUGUUCCUGUUUCCAGCCUGAACCUGACGAAACUGAUUUUCGUUCCUACAGUCGAUUAUUAUGGGCGCACGCACGGUAUCGUGCGUCACGAUCCUGUCCGCAAAUAUGAAUUGCUCUCGGUAUGGCAGUCAGACACGUUGGGACCACUGCUGCCUAUUCUCUCCAAUUCUCCAAGUGCCGGUCGCGAUUCCCCCUUAACGCCAUAUGUGUGUCCUGAUAAUGUUAGCCCGGGAAUGAUGCCAUUCGCAUCGACAACAUCCUUUGACCGCACUGACGAGGCCGUGACACACUUGCUUUCUCCUACAGGGCCUUGGAAGCUCAGAUUCAAACUGCGAUUGCCAGAUUGCUCAUCUGGGUUUCAUUUCACGAGCAAGUCGCCUGGUGCACUCAUUAUCGUCUCGCACAUGAUCAGGCUGAGCAUCAGACUUUCAGCCGCCAACAAGCUGGACUUGCAGGGAAAACCGAAGUUGUUUGAUAUUACCGUUGACACCCCAAUUAACAUUUUGAGCGUGAGCACAUUUCUUCUUCCACUUGUAGCGAAAAGUUUGCAGGGACCGAAAUCGAGUCUACCCUUUCCAGUGUCAAUGUAAAACGGAAUAUACACACCUUCCCACAUAUGAACAAACGGCAUUCUUGGCUUCUGAUCGAACCUCGAACCAAGAAGGGGAUCGGCCAUUGCCGACGAGCUUCCUGCGGCCUCGUGGU